UGCAGUUUCUCUACUCUGUAUAUAUAUAUAUAUAUCAAGUCUAUAGUCGAUCUUCCAAGAACACAAGGAGAGAGAGAGAGAGAGAGAUGGGAACUGUGGCUGCUCCAUACAAGAUGGAAUUAGCAUCUGAAGUUGAUCAGAAACAAAAGGGUGUCGUGGCCGCCAGCAGCCCUCCGAAACAGCUCGACGCCGGAGCUCUCUUCGUUCUCAAGUCGCAAGGGUCAUGGUUACAUGUUGGGUACCACUUGACGACAUCAAUAGUGGCUCCGGUGCUUCUAAGUCUUCCGUUUGCGAUGGCCUUGAUCGGCUGGGUUGGGGGAGUCAUCUGUGUAGCCUUGGCAGCUUUGGUCACCUUCUACUCCUACACUCUUCUCUCUUUAGUUCUCGAGCACCAAGAGAAGCUUGGCCAUCGUCAACUUCGCUUUCGAGACAUGGCCAGAGACAUCUUAGGUCCUGCUUGGGGUAAAUAUUUUGUUGGCCCUCUGCAGUUUUGGAUAUGCUAUGGUGCAGUCAUCGCUUGCACAUUACUUGGUGGGCAGAGCCUUAAGGCAACUUUGGCACCUCCGGUAAAAGGCAAGAUGUUCAAAGGGCUAUGUGUGUGCUACAGUGUUAUAGUGACAACCUACUUCAGUGUGGCAAUGUCUGGAUAUUGGGCGUUUGGCAACCAAGCUAUGGGAACCGUUCUAUCCAAUUUUAUGGGUGUUGACAAGCCUUUACUUCCUACCUGGUUUUUGCUCAUGACCAAUGUCUUCACUCUUCUGCAGGUCUUGGCUGUCACAGUGGUUUACUUGCAACCAACAAAUGAAGUGUUUGAGAAGAAAUUUGCAGACCCAAAAAUGGAUCAAUUCUCCGUCCGUAAUGUGGUGCCGCGAUUGAUUUUCCGGUCACUCACGGUAGUGGUAGCUACAUUUUUUGCUGCGAUGUUACCUUUCUUUGGAGAUAUCAUGGCAUUGUUCGGGGCAUUUGGAUGCAUUCCUCUAGAUUUCAUUUUGCCAAUGAUAUUCUACAAUGUGAGUUUCAAGCCCUCUAAGCAGAGCCUCAUCUUUUGGGUUAACACAUUGAUAGCAGGAGUAUCCUUCUUGUUAGUCGGGGUAGGCGCUGUAGCAUCGGUUAGGCAAAUUUUCCUUGAUGCUAAAACAUAUCGCCUUUUUGCUAACAUGUGAUUAAACCACUC